AUGGAGCCGCCGCGGCGGGUGCGCCUCAAGCCCUGGCUGGUGGCCCAGGUGAGCAGCCGGCGCUUCCCGGGGCUGCGCUGGCUCGACCCCGAGCGCCGCCGCUUCGUCAUCCCCUGGGGACACGCCACCAGGAACCCCCCGGGGCCGCAGGACCACGACACCAUCUUCAAGGCGUGGGCGCAGGAGACGGGCCGGUUCCGGGCCGGGGACCCGCCGGACCCCCCCCGCUGGAAGGCCACGCUGCGCUGCGCCCUCAACAAGAGCCGCGAGUUCCGGCUGCUGCUGGACGGGCCCCGCGGCUCCCCGGCCCAGCCCUUCCGCAUCUACGAGCUCUGCGAGGAGCCUCCCGGGGGCGCAGACGGGGGAGACGAGGAUGACUAUGGCUGCAGUGGGGAGGAAGAUGUCAGCCAGCUCCACAAGAUGACAUCCCUGAGCAUCGAUGACACGCAGCACGGGGGGGACCUGCUGCCCCCCUACCCCUGGCCCAAGGAGGAGGCCCCCCCCUUUGCCAGCCACUGCCCGCCGGGGGGGCCCUUUGGGGCUCCCCCCCCGGCACUGCUCCAGGGGGAGGCGGGGGGCACCCACGGAGCCCCUGAGCUGCUCCCCGGUACCCUCGCUGAGAUGGGGCCCCCCCUGUGCCCCCCGGGACCCUCGUCCAGCUGCCCGGUGGCACCGACAGAGCACCUGAUCCCCGACCUGCUCGUCAGCCCCCACAUGCUGCCGCUGACUGACCUGGAGCUGAAGUUCCAGUACCGGGGCCGCCAGGUGUGCGCCCUGACCGUCAGCAACCCGCACGGCUGCCGGCUGUUCCACAGCAGCCUGGAGCCCACGCGGGAGCAGGAGGAGCUCUUUGGGCCCCUGACGCUGGAGCAGGUGCCCUUCCCUGCUCCCGACACCAUUCCCAACGAGAAGCAGCGCUUCUACACCCACCAGCUGCUGGACGUGCUGGACCGAGGGCUCAUCCUGGAGCUCCAGGGCCAGGACCUCUUCGCCCUGCGGCUCUGCCAGUGCAAGGUCUUCUGGACUGGGCCCUGUGCCGUGCCCCAGCCCGGCCCCAACCCCAUCCAGAGGGAAACAAGGACCAAGCUCUUCAGCCUCGAGGGCUUCCUCAACGGCCUCAUCCAGUUCCAGAAGGGGCAGACCCCCACGCCGCCCCCCUUCGAGAUCUUCCUCUGCUUCGGUGAGGAGUGGCCGGACCAGAAGCCCAAGGAGAAGAAGCUGAUCACGGUGCAGGUGGUGCCAGUGGCGGCGCGGCUGCUGCUGGAGAUGUUCUCCGGGGAGCUGUCCUGGUCGGCCGACAGCAUCCCGCUGCAGAUCUCGCACCCCGACCUCAAGGACAGGAUGGUGGAGCAGUUCAAGGAGCUGCACCAGCUCUGGCAGAGCCACCAGCGGCUGCCGCCGGCGCAGCCCCCGCCCGGCCCCUCCGCGGGGCCCUGGGCGCUGCCACCCGGCCCCCUGCCCCACUGACAGGGACACGGGGACAGUGGCACUGCCGGCCGGGGUGAGUCACUGCGUGGCCAGCACCGUCCUCACCCCUGUCCCUACCCCUGUCCCCAUGCCUGUCCCCCCAGAGCUGGCAGGGACC